UCGUUUAGCACAACUUUACCAACGGGGGCACAUGAGCUUCGCUGCGCGUAUCGGCGUAUGUCAAAAUCAAGGCUAUUAGGAAAAGCAACUUAUUAUAAUUCGGUAUUUUUCUUAAAAGCCAAAAAAACCGGUUUCACUGCAAAUUGUGAAUUUGUGAUGGGAGAAGAACAUCGAAACUCUCUCGCAGCUCCUUCAAUCUUCUGCAUCGUUAUCGUCUUCCAUUCCCUUUCCAGGUGUCUGGAACUGUUAAAGAAGAGACGAUCCAGGAAUGAUUGGGAGAUGCAGUUGACUGGGGAAAUAAAACAACUCUUGAAAGAGGCCAGCUCCUUGUCAGGUCCAUCCACAUUUGCUCAGGCUGCAAAACUUAGGAGGUCGGCUGCUGCUAAGGAAAAGGAACUUGCAAGAUAUAGGGAGUUGCGCAGCAAGGAGAUGAAACUAUCUUAUGACCUGUAUCUGAAAGUUCUUUCUACCUUGAAGGUUGUGACUUAUCUUGUGCUGAUUUGUUGGUUUUGGAGAGAACCUGUAGCUGCUGUAUCUCAGCAACUUGUACAACCAUUCGGUAAGGUGUUAUCCUGGUGGGGUGGAGGCAUCUUGAAUGGCAAUGUUAUGGUUGGGAUUGUCCCUUGGUUGAUACUGUCCACGAGGGUUAGCAAGUUUGUUUGUCGGCUGCUCCAAUAGAGAGAGGUUUUCAAUACUCAAUGAUUCUUUCAUGCCAUUGCAUUACUGGUUCUGAAGUCUGUUCCUAGUGUAGAGGCCACAGCUUGUGCAUUGUCCUUUCCAUCCGUUGGUGAAUCCAUUUUUUUUAAUGAUGCGAAAGCUUUAUUGUUUUAUGGUAUUAAGAUACUGAUUAGGUUACCACUGGGCCACAAGCGAACAUGUGGCUCAGUUGUAGAGUUGCAGAGGUGCAACAUAUUAUGUGAAAGUCUUGUGUUGUUUAUCCUUUUAUAUAUCUUCACAUAUUAUGUGAAAGCCUUGUGUUUUUUUUCCUUUUAUAUAUUUUAACGUAUGAGGAGGGGAGGGAUGUAGUAAUUGAUUAAAGAUGCAUAUUUUCAUAUGAUUUCUACUUCGUUUUCUUUGAGCUUGCAAAUGA